AUCAAAUGGAAGUGUUGGGUUUUUGGCCUUCGGUGACGUGGCAAAAACUUAAAAGCUAAAGGUAUUUUUGCUGGACAGACCAACAAUGGAGGUGAGCCAAGAGACUUGACCAAGUUUAGAGAGAGAGAGUGGGAGGAGAGAGAGACGAACCAGAAGACUAAAGAGAGAAAUCAGAGAGAGAAAGACGACGGCGCAGAGAGAGUAUUACAUGAGAAGGAGAGAUCGGAUUUUAGGGAUUUGAUAACGUCUGGAGAAAAAAAGGAGCAGGACAACGACAAGGAGCAGGAACAAAUCAAAAUAGCUUGCAUAUACAAACCAGCGGUUUUGGAGUCUGCGGAGUAGCGGUAUCAAGAAAAGCCAUAAGCGGUUUUGUAACUGAAACAGUGGCCUCGCUAGUCGUUACAGCCGCUACUGGACAAUAUUGAAAAAUGAAUUCUCACACAUAACCGUCGUGUUUGGCUAGCUUUACUGGUUUUCUCUCUUGCCGAGCUUCGUCGCUUACUUUAUGGUCAUUCAUGGGGUAGAGUGGUGAAACAACCACUUCUCAGUGCGUUUCCUGAGCAGCUCUAGUGGAAGUUAAUUUCAGUUCUCUGUAGCUUUGAUACGACAUCGUUUGCUUAACGUGGUAGUGUUUUUUUGAUGGCGCAUGGAGAGGAUAAAGUGAGGGGCUCCUCGUUGUCUGAUGCGGAUGAUGAUUCUAGUUUGUAUACGAAGUUAUGGAAGGCGUGUGCGGGGCCUUUGGUGGAUGUUCCAAGGGCUGGAGAGAGAGUUUACUAUUUUCCUCAAGGUCACAUGGAGCAGGUGGAGGCGUCGACUAAUCAAGAACAGAAUCAGCAAAUUCCGCGGUUUGAUCUUCCUUCUAAGAUCCUUUGUCGCGUCGUGAACAUUCAUUUACUGGCGGAACAGGAUACUGAUGAGGUUUAUGCCCAGAUCACUUUGCAACCAGAAUCAGAUCAAACUGAACCAAGUCUUCCUGAUCCCUGCCUUCCUGACUCCCCUAACGAAGCAGCACAUUCAUUCUGCAAGAUUUUAACAGCUUCUGAUACUAGCACUCAUGGAGGGUUUUCUGUUCUGCGGAAGCAUGCCACUGAAUGCCUGCCGCCAUUGGACAUGAGCCAGGCAACCCCAACUCAGGAAUUGGUUGCGGAAGAUCUUCAUGGAUAUGAAUGGAGAUUUAAACACAUAUAUAGAGGUCAACCACGGAGGCAUUUGCUCACUACAGGGUGGAGCACAUUUGUUACUUCAAAGAGACUGGUUGCAGGAGAUGCCUUUGUGUUCCUUAGGGGUGAGAGUGGGGAAUUACGGGUUGGGGUUCGGCGUCUUGCUCGUCAGCAGAGUACCAUGCCAACAUCUGUUAUAUCAAGCCAAAGCAUGCAUUUAGGAGUGCUUGCCACUGCUUCUCAUGCUAUUAUGACCCAUACCAUCUUUCUUGUAUGCUACAAACCAAGGACUAGCCAAUUUAUUAUUGGUGUCAACAAAUAUCUUGAGGCUAUUAACAAUGGGUUCUCUGUUGGUAUGCGCUUCAAGAUGAGAUUUGAGGGAGAAGACUCUCCUGAGAGGAGGUUCACAGGCACCAUUGUUGGGAUUACUGAUUUUUCUGCACAGUGGCGGGAUUCCAUAUGGCGGUCACUUAAGAUUCAAUGGGAUGAACAAGCAACAAUGCAAAGGCCGGAUAGGGUUUCUCCUUGGGAGAUAGAGCCUGUUGCUGUUUGUGCUGCUCCAAAUGUUUCUCAAGCUGCAGUAAAUGCCAAAAGGCCUCGGUCUGUUGACAUUCAGACUUCUGAAAUCACAACCAAUUCAGCUGCUUCGCCUUUCUGGUAUCAUGGAUCAAACCAGGCCAUCCAUGAACUGGCUCAAGUAAAUUCUACUACCGAUGCUCGAAGAACUGACAGCCAAGUUGUCUGGUCUCUUAGGCAGAAAGAAUUUGAUGGGGGUUUGGUCAACAGUAGCAGCUUUGGUAACUUAAGGGUCCAACCAGAGCGUGUGUGGCCACCUUCUUAUAUGAGUUCAUCUCUUGAUCUUUUUCCAGAUUUUGUUGAGGACAACAAAACUGUUGGCCUUCAGCCCAUUGCUGGAUACCCAUCUCAAAUUCAAUCAAUGCCGAACAGUGGCAUGUUAUACAGCCAGGUGGAAAAAGGGAAUAUAUUUGAGAAUUCUACUCGUUUUCGAUUAUUUGGAGUUAAUUUGAAAAGCGACUUUGAUUUUGGCCCACAUCCAGAGGAUGAACACUCAAGUCAAAAAAUUGUUUCUGGGGCUGGCUAUGUACAUGUUUCAGCAGCAUCUGAUGGUCAUGAUGCUCAAAAUUUGGAUAGUGCUCACUUCUCAAAGGAACAGAAGCGAGUUAUAUCUGAAGUAUCAGCAAGAGAAGCGCCGAGCAAGCAAGGCAUCACGGCCUCCACUAGAACUCGUACCAAGGUGCAAAUGCAAGGGGUUGCUGUUGGUCGUGCUGUUGACUUGACUGUGUUAAAAGGUUAUCAUGGUCUGGUAGAUGAGCUGGAAAAAAUGUUCGAGAUCAAAGGAGAGCUUCAACCUCGCAACAAAUGGGCUGUUGUUUUUACUGAUGAUGAGGGGGAUAUGAUGCUUGUAGGUGAUGAUCCGUGGAAUGAAUUCUGUAAGAUGGUAAAGAAGAUCUUUAUAUAUUCAAUGAAUGAAGUGGAGAAGAUGAGCACAAAGGGCAAGCUCCUUGCAUCAUCGUUGGAAGGUGCACCUGCCGCUGUCUGCUCAGAUUCGGAACAUCCUGAGACUUGAAAGCAAACUUAGAGCUCAGACACCCCUUAUAUUUUGUAUGCUUAUAACUAAAUGCUGACUUACUCUCUUUGAGAAGGAAUGUUUAUGGUUUUGUUUUGCUCAGGUUUUUGCUUUAGCAUGUCGAAAACCGUUGCAGCAGAUUGAAUGAAUUGGGGUAGUUUUGGCGCGGUGGGUUAGAAGUACUAUGUAGUAAGUAACUGAAGAAAAAAAAAAAGAACAAAACUAGUCAGGGUUAGGAAAGGAGCUUUGAUAUACCUUUUGUGGGAUGUCUCGUUUAUUUAUAUGGCCUGUAGAAGAACAUAUACAUAUGCUUGUUUUUCUUGAUGGAUAUUAAUGGUGCUUAUUUUCUUGGGACUGGAAA